AUGUCUUUGGCAGACGAACUGCUAGCUGAUCCCGAUUUCGGUGACUCUUACGAUGCAGAUGAAGGAGACGCUAACAUCUACGGUGACGAGGCCGGAGACCAGGACGUUGAUAUGAAUGAUCUUGAAGAUUUAUCUGAUGAGUCAAUGGGGGAAGCUCAAGAUGAUCAAAAGCUUCAAGAACAAGAAAUGAAAGGGAUAAAAGACGUACGGAAAGUCGCCAAAUUACUAGGAUCGAAUCACAUGAGGGAAACACUAGCGAGAAUAGAAGAGCUCAAAAGUGUUGAGCGUCCGCCAUCUAUCACAGGCCCGGUCGAAGAGGACCCCGAAUACAAAUUGAUAGUGCAGUCAAAUAAUUUGACUUCAGACAUGGACAAUGAAAUCAUACUAGUACAUAAGUUUAUAAGGGAUCAUUAUGCGAAAAAGUUUCCGGAAUUAGAAUCGCUAGUUCUUAAUCCUUUGGAUUAUGCAAGAGCAGUAAAGGCGAUUGGGAACGAAAUGGAUCUCACUAAGAUCGAUCUGCGAUCUAUGCUCCCAUCGGCCACGGUAAUGGUUAUAACAGUUACUGGAUCUACCACUACUGGCCAAAAACUUACUGAGGAGGAAGCAAAAAUUGUAGAAGAUGCAUGUGAUAUGGCGUUAGAAUUAGAUGCCGCAAAAAGAAAGAUUCUUGAAUAUGUCGAAUCGCGUAUGGCUUUAAUCGCGCCCAACCUCUCGGCUAUUGUUGGCAGCACGACUGCAGCAAAAUUAUUGGGUCAGGCUGGUGGACUAAUGGCGUUUUGUAAAAUGCCUGCGUGUAAUGUCAUACUUAUUGGUGGUCAGAAAAAAGGUAGUACGGGCUUUUCGACUAUUGUUUCACCGCGAAAUUCGGGAUAUUUGUUCCAUUCAGAAAUUAUUCAGAGAACUCCUGCUGAUCUCAGAGGCAAAGCACUAAAGAUCGUCGCAGCCAAAUGCAUUCUUGCGGCGAGAAUGGAUCGCAUGCACGAGUCGACUGAUGGGUCAUAUGGGCAUUCGUUACGAGAACAGAUAGAUAAAAAGCUCGAAAAGAUGCAAGAACCACCACCUACAAAGGCCGUCAAACCAUUGCCGGUUCCGGACGAUGGACCUAAGAAACGUCGCGCUGGCAAAAGAGUCCGACGCACGAAAGAAUCGUAUGCGGUUACUGAAUUUCGCAAAGCCCAGAAUCGUAUGGCUUUUGGUGUUGCAGAAGACGAGACCGUGUCUUUUGACAAAUCAAAGGGACUUGGUCUAAUUGGCACAAAUUCUGGGAAAAUUCGAGCGGCAGUCGCUGAUCCACGAACGAAAGCCAAAGCUCCAAAGAAACACCACUUUUUAGGAGGCUCUUCGGGUGCGACUUCUGGAUUGGCGUCUUCUUUGGCAUUCACACCUGUCCAGGGUAUUGAGCUAAUCAAUCCGGAAGAAGCACAAAGAAAAGUGAAGGAAGCUAAUGACAGAUACUUUGGCAGCGCCACAUUUGUAAAAGUGGGCAAACAAAAGCAACAACAAAAUAAUGAUGGACAUUAG